AUGCCUGCGAGCCGCCAGAUCCUUCCCAGUGUUACUCUGAAGUGCGCCGGGGCAACGCUUCGGAGUAAGCGAGAAAGUCCCUGUGCUCAGCAAGGGGAUGGGUCAGACCCCGGCAGCGGCAGGCAGAGCCAGAGCCGUGCCGAGCCCCGGUGCUGUGGCACGCGUGCACGGGCGCCGUGCGAUGGUGCCGGGGAGACUCCCCGGCAGCGCCGUGACCGUGCCCGGGGCUCCGAGCCAGCCGGGGGGCUCCGAGCCAGGCCGGGGCCCUCUGGAGAAAUAGCUGCGAUGGGCCCCGCUGCCGGCCCGUGCCGAGACGCCGUGAGCGGGGGGAUCGCGGCGGAACCCUGCUGGGGCUCUGCCCUGCCCUGCCCGCGGCUCGGCCCCGCCGGGGGUCCCGGCCCCGCGGUGCGGGGUCACCGGUGGGCGCGGUGAAGGUUGCGGGAACACGGGGUGUACGACAGCCGACAGGACAUCGCGGUGCAGACAGCACUCUAUGGCCAUGCAACACGGGGGGGACAGAGCCGGGACUGUCUCUGCGCUCACUCACCGGUGCUGGCUCAGGGCAGGGCAGGGCUGCCCACCGCUCCCGCGCAUCCCCGCCGCCAGCCGAGCCCCGCUCCGCUCCGGGCGCGCUCUGCCGCGGGAGCGGCAGUUCCCGAGCGCCGUGACCGCCGGUGCGCGGCCGGGGCUCCGUCCGCCCGCCCUGACGGCCCCUGCGCGGAGCGGAUGGGAUGGAUGGGAUGGGAGCGGCUGGGAGCGGGGCGGCCGCCGCAGGCCGGGCUGCGGGAGCGGGAGCGGUUGCCAGGACGCCGUCACCAUGGGAACGCGCUGCCGCCCUGGGGGGGAGCCCUUCGCAUCGCCCCCUCCUCCAGCGAUUCCACGGCAGUGCCCGAUGCUGGGGGAGCGGGGAGCGACGGAACGGCCCCGCAAACAGCAGCGCUCCCUGCGGCACGGGGGGCGAGCGGUGGGGACGGAGCGGGGGCCGUGCCCGCGCCUCCCGCGCUGGCCAACGCCGGCCUCCAGACAGAAAGUUCGGUGCUGACAAACACCGGUGACUGAGUUUCUGGUGGUGCAAAGGAGCCGAGAGUAUGACUGCAAGCGUGGGUUUUUCCAGAGGGUAAAUCAAAUCCUGUCAGAAUACAACGUUAUUAAAAUCAAUGACAAAUAU